CGGUAUGAAGUGUUACCAAUUCACGUUUAGUCCCUUGUUUUCAUAGAAAAUAUUCCUCCUCUCAGGUAAUAUCAGGUAAAAUGCGUAAUUUACCUGUUACAUGUAAAGUGUGGCCAUUACCUCAUGGCAGCUGUCUGCAAACUGGAGCGCUAAACUACAGCAUGGAGUCAUGUUUGGAAGUACCAUGGCUGGUGAGACACUGCCAUGACUUCAGAGGAGGCAGCAUUACUACGCAGACCAAGGUGAACCACAAACCAUCCAUCAGGCUAGCUGGGAGAGAUGGACUCCACAGACUUUACUGCCUGGAUUCUCCAGGGCCACCUGGGUGACCAACAACACGAUACAAUGAGCACUGUAUCCCUGGAGGGCUCAGACUACAAGACAUGAUGAUCAUCAAGAUGAUUUUUUGUACCCGUCCACAGAAUUAAGGAUAUUAUCGCUGUUUGGAUAUCCAGACUGAUAAAGUUUGUCAUUGUAAAGACAAAAGUGUCGUUGAGACCAGAGAAACCAGAUACUCACGAACCCGAUGUUGAAUUCAUGUUCUACAUUUUUCAAUUAACUGUGAUUACCUGCCCUUUCAAUUCUCUUUAUUUAGAGACAGACUUGGCAUAAGUCAGGACAGACACCAUGCCUAGGCCAAGAACAGGGCCUGGUCCACCUCCAGAGGACAUUAAUGGAUUCUCCUUGGACGCAGAGGAAGAGGAGGAGGAGGGGUCCUGCCUCUUGCUCAAUAAAUCCUUAGAGAAGUUUUCCCCUCUCAGCAAAUAUAUUGAGACUGAACAUCAGCAAGCAGGGCUCUUCUCUAUGUCUCCUUAUGACGAUUCUCUGGACGCCAAUCCAGACUUCCAGAAAAAGAGAAGGAAGAAAUGUGGGGCCUGCACUCCCUGCCUGCGCAAAGAGAACUGUGGGACCUGCGCAAACUGUUUGAACCGCAAGACAGGCAAGCAGAUCUGCAAGCUGCGUAAAUGUGAACAUCUGAAGAAGAAACAGAAUGAGUGGGAGACUGUUUGUGAAGUCACUUCAGUGGAUGGCCCCAGAAGUGGAGGCCAGAUGGAAAUUGGGUCACAUGACCGCCUCCAGGAAGGCGUGCUGAGCCUGGAAUUGGCCAAUGGGGGGAAUCCAUACCCAAACAAUGAAGAGACUUCCAUGGAAACAGAGCAACAGAGGGCUGGAAGUGUGCCCCCAAGACAGUGGGUGUCAGGACAUGGCAAGGUCAGUGACACCCAACAACCAUGUUGGAACGGCAGCAGCAGCAGCAGUACAACCACUGGUGAGCCUGUCCACCACGCAAACAUGGAGGAUGCCCACAAUCUUGUGGCUUUUUCUGCUAUUGCUGGCUCCCUGCCUCCUUCUUCCUCCUCUUCCUGCCUUGUGCUGCCGAACACAGCCCAGCUUUAUGAGAAGUUCACCCAGGAGAUGGGUGCUGAGGGGGCUCAGGCCAGAGUCCCAUCAGGGACUCCUAGGGGUAGCUGUCAACCUCCGGAAGACCUGAACACCCUAGAAACAGCACUGAGCCAAGCCAAACAUGGACAUAAGCCCCCGAACUGCAACUGUGAUGGGCCUGACUGUCCAGACUACCUUGAGUGGCUAGAGAAGAAGAUCAAGUUGGCAGCCACUGAGGAUCAAGGUUCCUGCAAGAUGGUUGAUGCUCCUCCACAAUUGCAGCCUCAUCCACCUAAACCACAUUUACAACAUCAUCCUCAGCCCUACCCCCAAGUGAAUGGUGGCCAUCAUUUCUCUACAUCACUCCCCCAGCAACAACAGAGAAUUCAAGGCUCUCAUACAAAUCAAGUGCCCUGCUCCAAACCUCCAAUUCCCUGCUCUCCCCAGGUGCUUUCUAUAGCCAAGGAAAAGAACAUAAGUCUGCAGACAGCCAUCGCCAUAGAAGCCCUGACUCAGUUAUCUGCUACCGGCCCUCAAGCCUCAAGCUCUCCAAGUCAGUCCCCAUACAACAGUAACCUCCAUCACCACCAACACACCCAGAGCCUCCAAUCUCAGCCCCCCAAUGGCACUAACUUGAUUUCAUCCUACCCCAGCCCUCAUUCAUCUUCCCGCUCUCAAUCCGUCCCUCCAGGAGCACAUACUAGCCAGCAGGCCUCAGUGUCCUGUGAGCACAACAGGCCCCAAUCCCAGGGCCAGCCACCCCAUGUUUCCCCUCUCCCAUCUUCUACCUCUCCCUUCCCAGGUCAGGGAAAACAUCCAGGCUUCAACUCUAAUCCACAGCAGUGGCAGCAGAGCUCAGGCAGAGGGUCUGCACAGAAAAACCCAUGGAUGUGUAUGAAGUCUGAGCUCCAGUCUCACUCUGCAGCUGCACCUCAAAGUAACUCAGACCCUAUGUCAGAGCUCAAACAGCUACUUGGUGACACCAGUGGCAAGUUCAGCAAUGCUCCUUUCAAGCUUCCAGUCACACAGCAGCUCAGAAUGAGCCAGAACGGAGGUAUCCAGCUACAGGACAACCCAGCAUUGGCCCGGAUAAAACAAGAGCCAGACUCUGGUGACCACUAUCACCACACUGCCUCCAUGGGACAUUACGGCAUGGCUAAUUGUCAGCAGCAGAGUCAGCACUAUUCCGGCACUCCUCUGUCUCCUGGCCAAGCAGCCAUAAGCCACUCCACUCAGGCAGCUCUGCAACAGCACCUUCACUACAAGAGAAACCUCUUCUCUAACCACUCCUCUGGCGUUGGCUCACCAGGCCCCUGUACACCUUUGGCAUGCCAAAACUUGAAAAAAUGGUGGCCACAGAUGGAGGCAGAAGGAUUGCCACAUCUCGCCAUCAAACAGGAACCUAAGGAACCCAAAAAGAAAAAAAGCAGCCAAGGAUCUCCUGUAAUAAAAGCUAUGAGUGGGAUGCUUUCAGUCCCUCCCAUGCCCAAACCCAAACAGAUAAUCAUCAAGAAGACAAAGCAGAAAGCCUCGUUGCCAACCUUCCUGCCUCAGUCUCAGAUCACAGUACAAAAACCAUCAGUCCUCAUGAUGGACAGAGCCCCGGCCCUGACCAGCCUGCAACCAGGUUGUCCUCCCCUUUUGCCCCUCCACAGUGACUCCACUCAGGCUGCUGCUGCAGGCCUCUCUGCCCCAGCCCAAUCUCAGGUAUCUAUUUCCAACUCCUCAAUAACUCCCUCAUCCAUUGUUUGCCAUCUGCCCCCACCCGGGGCCCCUGUAGCCCAUGCAAAGUCAGACGAAACAGGCAGCCUGGUCUCCAGUAACACCAGCACCACCACACCUCAGACCUCCACAUCUCCAUCUAGCACUUCACAAUUACCAAGUCUCAUCAACAUAGAUCCGAAGUAUGAAGAUCUGAUUCGCCAGUUUGAGGCUGAAUUUGGGGACUCAGCCCCUGACGCAGCUGCCAGUCAGCCUAUGGAGGAGACUGCUGCAGCUCCUCUGCGGGGGCAUCAGUCCCUGACAGGUCCCGAAAACUUCAGUCCUGCAACAACAUCGAACCCCCAGUCGGCUCCUUCUUUUCUCACCGCUAAAGCCAGCUCCAUAUGUCAACCAAAUGAUCAUGAGAUGGAAGUCGGUAAGGAUGAGACUCCCACUGAAACAACCUUGAACCAGGCAUCCACUGAAAAUCCACUGGAGAAGCAGCAUGUGUGUGCCCAACAUCUCUCUCUAAAUCAUGACACCAUUCUCGAUAAGCAGCAGCAGCAGCAGCAGACGGGUGUGUUUGAGGAUAAGUUCAGCAUACCAGGCUCUCCACUGCCUAAACGCAUGAAGAUUGAAACCUCGGGAGAUAUAGCAGUUCUUUCCACCACGUGCUUCUCCGGGGAUGACACACCAACGAAGGACGGUCUACCUUGCUCUCCGUCUCUCAGAGGGUUCUUAGAGUCUCCUCUUCGCUAUCUGGACAGCCCCACAAAGACCCUGCUGGAUACACCAUCCAAGGAUCUCCAAGCAGAGUUCCCCACCUGUACCUGUGUUGAACAAAUCCUCGAGAAGGAUGAAGGGCCCUACUAUAACCACCUGGGAUCUGGACCUACUGUUGCUUCCAUAAGAGACCUAAUGGAGACGAGGUAUGGAGAGAAAGGCAAUGCCGUUCGGAUUGAGAAGGUGGUGUACACAGGCAGAGAGGGAAAGAGCUCACGAGGAUGUCCUAUUGCUAAAUGGGUGAUCCGUCGCGGUAGUGAUGCAGAAAAGCUGCUGUGUCUGGUGCGUCACCGUGCUGGCCACCACUGUGCAAACGCUGUCAUCAUCAUCCUGAUUAUGGCCUGGGAAGGUGUCCCAAAGGGCAUGGCUGACAAGCUGUAUCAAGAGCUUAGCGACACCCUCACCAAAUUUGGCAACCCCACCAGCAGACGCUGUGGCCUCAAUGACGAUCGUACCUGUGCAUGCCAAGGAAAAAAUCCUGAAUAUUGUGGUGCUUCCUUCUCCUUUGGCUGCUCCUGGAGCAUGUACUUUAACGGCUGCAAGUACGCCCGUAGUAAAACACCACGCAAGUUCAGGCUUCAAGGAGAUCGCCCUGAAGAGGAGGACAAACUCAGGGAUAACUUACAGCUUCUGGCAACUGACGUGGCUCCUUUGUACAAGCGACUGGCCCCACAGGCUUACAGUAACCAGUGCCAGACAGAGGCGAAAGCUCCAGACUGCAGGCUUGGCUUGAAAGAAGGACGCCCGUUCUCUGGAGUCACUGCUUGCAUGGAUUUUUGUGCCCACGCUCAUAAGGAUCAACAUAAUCUCUACAAUGGCUGCACGGUGGUGUGCACUUUAACUAAGGAGGACAACCGGAAAGUGAAGGAGAUCCCUGAGGAUGAGCAACUCCAUGUUUUGCCUCUAUACAAGGUAUCUUUGACUGAUGAGUUUGGCAGCGAGGAGGCCCAGCGCAUGAAGAUGAAGACAGGAGCAAUCCAGGUGCUUCAAGCUUUCCGGCGUGAGGUACGCAAAUUGCCUGAACCUGCCAAGUCUUGCAGACAGCGCCGACUGGAGGCCAAGAAGGCAACCAUGGAAAAGAAGAAAAUCAAACUCAUGCAGCAGGCAGGGGAGACGCCAGAAAAAACUGUUGUCAAAGCUGAGGCCUGCAUCACUGGUUCCCCUCAACCUCAAGGCAAUAAAGCAAUUAUCAAACAAGAAAUGAAGCCCAACAUCAAGAAAGAGCCCUUCAAUGGAUCAAUAGAUGGAUACCCUGUGCAGGCUGCAGACCCUUUCAAUAACAUCUAUCCACAUCCUGCCUACUAUGCAAGGGGAGGCCAUCCCCAGGCUGGCCAGCCCUCUGCACCAGAUCCAGUUAACGGUUACCACCACAAUCUGCACUAUGGCUACUACAACUACCCUCCCAAUGCACUUUUUCCCCCAAAGCUGAGGACCUACGAGGGUCGAAACGGUUCUGUGCUCAAAGCAGGCUGCAAGACUGAACAGGUGGACAUGAAGCCUGAUAUUCAGAGCCUUCAAGCCAGACUGGCCCAGUCCUACCCAAAUCAUCCAGAGCAAGCCAACCAGCUUAACCACAGUGCUUAUUCCAUGCAUGCAGACUACACCCAGUCCCGUCCUUCUUCAGUCUCAUCUGAACCCUCCAAUAGAGGCACUCCAGUCAUCAAACAGGAGCCGAUGGAUCUCCAACUUUAUGAAGGCAAAAUGCCGAACCCAUCUGGUCCCAACACACCGAGCACUACCCCCCAGCCUGUGGCCUGGCCAGGGAACAAGCUUAAUGGAAAUAUGGUUCCCACCAACUGGGAAGGUCAUUUGAACCCCAAACCAAGUCCUGAGGCCUUGAUGUUGAAUCCAGACAAGCAGCAGUUUCACCAGCAUCCCCAACAGAGGCAGCCCUCGUCUUACCCCCAGCAGUGGACAUCUUACCCUGGCUCCAAUGCCAUGAUGGCCUCCCCUGCCCCGUCACCAUCACCACUACAAGUACCUUCCUCUCCAUGUCCAUCCCCUCACCUAGGCACAGCGCACCCUGGUAACAUACACCAAGGGUCCCCACGCCCUACCACCCCACGUCCAAGCACCCCUCACCCAGUUACACCACAGCCGGGCACCCCAGGCCCAGGCACCCCUGGCCCAGGCACUCCAAGGCACUGGGCCAGUCCUGCUCCCAGUCCUCAGCCGAAUGCGUGGCCCAUGGGGCCUGUGCUAUAUAGUCCUGGUAUGAAGCACAGCCAUCCUGCAGGAGCCUACCCGGACAAGAUCUGGUCCAAGACCGGGGAAAGUCGUUGUUCUACUCCUCUCGGGCUCCAAGAGAAGGCGUGGAAGUCGUGUGGGGGUUCCGUGGCAGGCAGUACCCCAUCCCCUGCCCCGGAGGGUCGGCUCUUCCCUGACUCCUUGCAGCAGUCAGAUCAGGCCUGCUGGAACCCUGGCCGAGCUGAGGAUAAUGCUGAGAGCACGAAGGGGUCAGACAUAGAUGACGAUGAGGUGUGGUCUGACAGCGAGCACAACUUCUUGGAUCCCAAUAUAGGGGGUGUAGCUGUAGCACCAGCCCAUGGCUCCAUCCUGAUUGAAUGUGCCCGAAGGGAACUACACGCUACCACUCCACUUAAAAAGCCGGAUCGCUCUCAUCCUACCCGCAUCUCCCUGGUCUUCUACCAGCACAAGAACCUCAACCAGCCCAUGCAUGGCCUGGCUCUGUGGGAGGCCAAGAUGAAGCUAUUGGCAGAGCGAGCACUGCAGAGGCAGCAGGAAGCCGCUCUCCUUGGCCUCUCCCAAGAAGACAUCAAGGCCCUCGGGAAGAAACGCAAGUGGGGGGCUAAUGUGGCAGGUGCCAGUCCAGGGCCUGGGCAAUCUAAAGACAAGAGGGAGGGUCCAUCGACACGAUUAGCCUCCACUUUCCAAACCACCUCUAUAGUUACUGUGUCUCCCUAUGCCUUCACCCGCCUCACUGGGCCCUACAGCCACUUUGUCUGAGGUCAGACGGACACAAACAGACUGAAAGCUACAGGGUGGUGUAGUGGAGGGCUGGAGAGAGCGAUGAGCAGGAUGAAUGUCUCUCAGCCAUCCCGCAGUCUGGCAUCUCUCCAUUCUGCCCCCUCCGCAGUCCACUCAGAGGAGGGGACAUUUUUAUUGUUUUUACCUCAUGUCAGGCAGUGGUUUGGGCUUCAAACACACUGCCUGUGGUGCUCUUCCUCUCUUUUGCCUGGAGAGGAACUCCAUUGCUUUUUCUUGUUUAUAGAAUUUUAAUGAUUCUAAUUAUUGCUAUUAUUAUCAAUAUUAUUAUGAUUGCUAUUGUUACUGUCAAUGUUGUUAUUACAGGUAUUAUUAUAAUGAAGACUUGUUUGUUUUUUAUUAUUGCUGUUUUCAUUAAUGUUAUUAUUAAUGAUGUGAUUGUUUUUGGUUAUAUAUUUUUUUAAAUCAAUCAGUCUGUGUCAGUCAGACUCAGACAUGUUCUGCUUUUUCCAUGUUUGGAAAAUGUCUACCCUUCUUCUGUUCGAUUUGAUUUGUUCUUGUCAAUCUUCCAGCUUAACUUAGAGGAGGAGCAAUCGUCCAUCAGGCAAAACAGCAAAUCAAUAUUUCAGUAAUCAUAUGUAUGCACAGUGAGAAAAACGGUCUUGUCUUAGAUACAUGUCUCUAUACUGACAAUAUAAAGAUGUGUCUUUGAAUUUUUUAAAAGUAGGCCUUCAUGAGGGCAAAUUACAAUCAUUUUUCUCCUGGGCUCUUAUUUUCAAGUCAUGGCCUUUAUGAAAUUUGUUUCAAAACGUCACUGCUAAGUUAGACAUGAAUUUAGUUGACCAGCAGCACUGCGGUCUAAUACACCAAAGACAGUACUGGAACCAGUUAACACUGGUUUUAUACCUUUGUGAGUCUGGUACAGAGACUGUCAUAUUAUAUUUUUACCAAAAGCCGGUGUAGAGUAAGAGAGGAACAUCAGUUGUUUUCUUCCCUUACAGAAACAGUGUGACUUUACCUUUCUGAGGCAGCUACUGUAAGAGAUGGAACACAGAACACAUAACAUGACUUCUGUGUGAGUACAGCUGAAGAGCAGAGCUGAGUUUCUGCUUUUGUGUAUUUGUUCAGUGACUUUGUCAAGUCAACAGAGCUCUAAAGUCAUGAACAAACACAAUCAUCAAGAUCAAAAUGACAGGAAUGUGAUGUCUGGCUUUAAAAUAACUGUAAUUGCCUUUUGAAGAAUACUGUGAGAAAAUAUUGCUUUCUCUCUUGUCUGAAGACGAUGCGCCUCCUCCAGUUCUGCACCCCUCCACCUUUCGACCGGUGCUCAACUUCCAGCCCUGAAUGAUUCUCAUUCUGCUUCUUUUCAUGGCACUUGAUGCUGUACUUAGGUGCUCUAACUAAAACCUGGCUCAACUAGUAUUAGCAAGUAUAUAUCUUUGUUUUGACUGAGGUGGAGUACCUGAUGGUGAUAAUUGGAUUUUUGCUUCAUCAAGACACCGUGCGGGCCAUUUCUCAUUCAAAGAAAUGUAUAAUGAAUUAUGGUAUGAAUGCUCUUCUUUGCCAUGUUUCCCUAUUUGGAAAACUGUACAUGUCUGGUACUUUACAGAAGUUAAAAUAAGUGAUACUAUUUGCAAAUGUCAUUUGACCCAGGGCUGCAAAUACCACACAGAGUUGAAACAGAUGGCAACUUUAUCUUCCUUUAACAUACAAGUAGGGAUGAGCACUUCCCCAGUGUAAACUCUAGAGGGCAGCAUUGACUGCUGUUUCAACAAACCUGCAAGCACUUCAGAUCCAUUCUGAAGCCAGUGGAGCCUUACCUUGCUGUUUUAACCAUACAUGGCCAGUAGAGGGGGGUCUCUGACUCCAUCUGCUCACCGUGGAUGGGACACACCAAAGUGGCUCAAGGCAAAGUUCAACUUUGUCUCACUGUGGCUCAAAUGUGAAUGAAGUCUGCUUUAGGGAACCUGUCCUCGGUUAGAGCAAACAGAAACAGUGUUUGGUGCUCCUACACACACUCUGGUGCUGUACUACUACACUUGAUUACUGGUGAAGGGCCCACUGCUUCCUCUGCAUGGUGCUGUCAUCCUCAAGCAGGGAGAGAUGUGUCCUUCUGCAGACACCUUGUCACCACAGAGCCAGUAAGUGGCUGCCCUGUGGUUGAAGCUCAUCGGAUCAAGAACUGGUUCCAUUUGAGGUGCUUUUGCAGUUUUUUUGUGACAAAUGCAUUCUGCCUCCCACUGUUUGGGGCAGAGAAAGCACAGUCAUUUAGUACAUUUCAAGCCCAUUCACUGAAAAAAAUCAAGUACUGAGAGUCAAAGGGAGACCUUGAGGAAUUACUUAUCCUGGGCGUUGGUGCCAAAUGCAGAUGCAUUCAAUCAUGAAGUCUCUCACUUUGUGUGUGCGUGAGUGUGUGUGUGUGUGUGUGUGUGUGUGUGUGUGUGUGUGUGUGUGUGUCUGCAUGUGUAUGGGUGCAUGAAAGAGAAGAUCCAAAGAGAGAGACUACUUGAUAGCCUGGACAGAGUUUUGUGGAUCACUUUUAUUUCUGCUCCGUCAACCAUGUGACUGUUUGAUCAUUCCAGCUCAGAUGGUCUCAUGGUUUGUUGCAACAUGUGCUGAAAAUAAAAGUGGGUUACUACUGGAACUCACCAAGGCUCCCUCCUGGAUACUGGUUGUUUGGGUUAGGCCCUGGUCAUCUGUGAAAGACCCUGUUACCUCUUCUGAGGGUCUCCAGCUCUCUACCUCACGCUGUAGAGACACUGGUCACGAUCACAACUUGCUACUGAGGGCAGAGAAUCAUGCAUUUGUCCUUUUGUGUGCUCUUGAUCUCCACACUCAUUUUAACCUGCUUUUUUUACUCUUAUUUAUUACUACAUGGUGAUGAUGAUGAUUGUCUUUGAUGGUUUUUUUUUCAUCUUUUUUAAAUAGCUAAUACAAAUUGUACAUAGAGAAGAAAAGAUUUAUAAAAGCACUUUUAAUCUUGAUUUUAAUGACAAAAAGAAAGAGCCGAUUAUUGACAACUUGAAGCUUAGGUUUUUGUUUUUUGUUUGUUUUUUUCUCAAGAGAGAGAUAAGAAAUGUAAAUAUUAAAAUAUUUAGGUAAGAUUAUUUAACUGGUGAGGAUAGUAACUAAACCAUGAAUGACAAUGGGGUAUUUUAAAGACUUUGACAGCCCUCGACAACAGUAAACAACACUUGAUCCCGAUGUGUUGUGUGUAAUUGUGUGCUUAGUUACACUGCUGUUUUGCUUUUAUUGAGUACUGUAGCCUUUGUCAGUACAGAACUGACGGAGACCUGUCACUUUAUAAAAUCAAAUCUAUUUGCCCAGUUAUGUAACAUAAAACUACACCGGACAUACUCACUGAUAUCUGUCAUGAUGAAUUCAGAUGAUAGGUUUCACCCCACAUCACAGGAAGUGUGACUUUUACAGUUUAACAAAAGCUGACAUUCACAGCAAGUUUCAACAAAUCAGGAAAAAACUUGAUUGGAAUAUCAAAUUUGAAUUUAUGCUUGAGCUUGACCAAAAGUUUUAUUGUACGGUACUCAACAACUAAAUCUACCACUAAGCUAAAGACAAAUCUGAAAGGUAGCCUCAAACCUUUGUUGUUUGAAGGGAGUUUAACAUUUUAUUAAUCCUCAUUUGCCCCCAAGAGUUGACUUAUUUUGGUCACAGCUCUGCUCUGUGUGAGCUUUUAGAUAAACAAAGCUAACAGAGUGCUGUCCCUGCCUCACAUGUACAAACAUAAGUCCCAAAAUGUUCCCUUAAAUGUCACUAGAGUUGCUCUUGUUAAAUUUAAAAGACCAUGAGUGGGGCCCAAAUCCAAAGGGAAGGGGAGGGAAGGUAUUGUUUAGGGUACACUGGUUGUUGGUCUAGAGUUUAUCAGUGAGCAACGUUUUAGCGAGUAACAGCCCAGCUUACUUUGUCAGUUGUGUUAGACUAUCAGGUAAGAGAUUGCCUCCCAGCUUGUUUAAAUGUAUCUCUCAUUAUUAUCUGCUCUAGUUCUCAGAAUAGUUAGUAUGCACUUGGUCUAAGAUCGUAACACCCCAGUGGACGACACAAGGUGUUAGGUUUGUAAUAAUCAUUUGAUUCACCCAUCAGGGUCAACAGCUGUUUGACUGGGCCCGUUUUAUUUAAAACCAUUAUGCAGGCCCCACAUUAAACACACACACAGAGACACACACACAUUCACAUGUCCAACAACGGGUGCUGAGGAUAUAGUGUAUGCGAUAUCUUAAUAACUUUGUACAUUUCUAAAUGUCUCACAAGUUUGGUGGAUGGUUCUCAUGAAAAGCGACACCUCCCGAGCACGAGAAGGGAGGUCGUUCAGCUGGUGCUAUGAAGCUACACCUUCAAAUUCACUGUGUAAAAAAAAAUGUGAGGGAUGAAUAAUAACCACAAAUAUUUUUCUGAGCUCUUCGAAUGUCAAGAGAUCUAUACUUCAGAUUUGAGCAGUUUCACAGGAUGGGAAGCUGCCUUGGUGCUGACUUUAGGAAAAGUCUUUUGUUACAACGCUAAACAAAAAACGUCAUCUCUCUCUGAGGGCGGGGGGCGCUCAAACAGAUCAUUACGUUUUAUAGUGAUAUUCAUUCCACAGACUUGAACUCGUUAAAACUAGGGCGAGAUAAAGAAUCAUAUAACAUGGAGACUGUUAUCUGGGCUGUUUGGUACAAAACAAGUACCACAGGCUUAUGAUAUAUGAGUCUGUUGUAUAUGUUCAUGGUAACUGAAGGCUAAGAUAUUUGAACAAUACAAGAAUAGAAAGUCGUGUACUGCCUCCCUCUUCCUCUCCCCACACAUGCACUUCCUUUACUCAUCCCCUUUUCUCUUCUCACUUUGUAUAUUUUGUCUCACACAAACAUACACAUAGAUACACAUUGCAUCUCACAGUGUAUGGCCCACAUUUAAAACACCUUCUUUAGUGAACACUUUAAAUUUAGGAUGAAGACUUCGACCCUGGCCCAUACAAAAAAAUGAAAAUGAACCUACACAACUGGCAGCUACAUUCCUUUUUGAGUUUUAGGAUUGUUCUUGGUUCUUUAUUUUCAUGUCAAGGAUGCAGUAUGUAAAAAAGUGUUUUUGUUCAGUCUCUCUCUCUCUCUUUGUAGCUGUAUGGUGUAUUAUGUGAAUACAUAGUGUAUGUGGUAAAAACCCCACAAUAUUGUUUUAUGUUGCGCGAUAAAUAAAGACAUUGAAGUGA